AUUUAAGGGUUCCAUGGUAUUAGUCAAGAGAGAGGUAGACAUAAAGAGAGAAUGGAUACAAAUGAUACCAGAUCCUUUGUGAAAUUUGCAGCUCUUGCAAUAGUUUUGGCUGCGUUGGUGUUGAUGGAAAAACCUUCGAGCAUUCCCGCAUGUAACAUCAACGCGAAUUAUUUGGAGAAAUGUCGUCCAGCCAUCAUUGGAGACACCCCGCUGUCGCCAGGUAGAGAAUGCUGUGAAGUCCUCCAAAACGCCAAUCUUGAAUGCAUCUGCAGAUCUAAGUCUUACCUCCCCGUUUUCGCGGUAUACCCGUCUAAAGUACAUGCUCUUCUUAGCAAAUGUGGCGUUACAACAAUCCCAGCUUCUUGCCAAGGUAAUAUCAAAGUAUCAUAGAAAUAUUGGAAACUGGUACAUUAGUAGGAUCCGGAUGUCAAGUAAAGAAAGACUUACAACGUUUGUUUUGCUCUUUUUUCUUAAACACAGCUUCAGAUAGCUAACUUGGAGGCAGACCGUAG